AGCCAAUCAGAAGUGAUUACCGGAGCUCCAGGUUGUACCAAAUUGUUGCUAUCUGCUGCUGCUCGUGCUCUAAGCUAAUCGAUUAGGCGAGCUGAAACAACAUGGGGAGGCUGAGUUUUUAUGUGCUCUGGUCCCUGCGUGACGCUCCCCGCCAGUUCAUCAGGAAAUCCAACCGAAGUUGCUUUCAAAUCCACAUCCCACUGCCUCUUCCCAAACACUUGGUCAUCUUUGGUCUUGGAGAAUGGAAAAGCAGCGAGACAACAAUCUCCGUAGAUGUCCUGGUCAGUGCAGAAAUACCGGCCGAGAACAUUGGCUCUCUGUCAGCUCAAGCAAGGUGCCUGAUAUGGGAGGGGGACUGGAGCCCUGACAUUGUCAAAGUAGCAGCAGAGAAAGGCAGGAGCGGAGUUUAUGGCAAGAUUGUGCUCACAGUGUGUGGAGAGACUUGUGACAAGCCACAGGAUAAAUCUGCCGUCUUCAGCAGUACUCUUCUGGUUCAAAGGAAAUCUUUGUUCCCAGAACAGCACGAUGCCACUGAUCUUUCUUGCACAUUACCACAAAGUGCUGGAAAUGAAACGAUAACUACCAACUCCUCACAAUUAGGGGAUAGUGUUUGCUCUGCUGAUAUUCAAGUUAAUAGAAUUGACACCAGUGAGUCCGCUAUGGAAAAUAAACUCAGAGUUUGGCCUACGGAUAAGACACCCAGACGGACAGUUAUUAGUAAGAGAGGCCGUCUGACAUGGAGCGCUGACGACAUGGACAGCCCCGCAGAGGACAUUGACCAGGCUUCAACCCCAAAGAAAAUGAGGCUGUCCCGGAUGAACAGCAAAGAGGAAUUGACCGCGCAGAUAAAGAACGAGAACAGAGAAGUUUCAGAGUGUCCAUCAAAGCGUUGGAGCCAUACGAUGUGUCUGGGGGACCCUGACACAGCCAUUCUCAUCGGAGGGGAGACGGCAGAUCAAAACCACUGCAAGGACUCCCUGUGGAAGCUCGAGUUAGACAAUGACUUCUGGUUCCCCAUGAACUCCUCUGCCUCUGGACCCGUACCACUGUGUGCCCGAGGACACUCUGCGACCUACGACCCAGACUCUAAGUCUAUCUUUGUUUACGGGGGACUGAGGGAGGGUCAGCACUACAACGAGCUCUACAUCCUGAACACUCUGACCUGGAAGUGGAAGCUUGUCACUGCCAAAGGGAAUGUUCCAAAUUUGGCAUAUCACUCUGCAGCCUUUUAUAAGAAAGAGCUUUUUGUCUUCGGUGGAGUUCAGCCCAGCAAUUCUUCUGUGGAUAAAUCCUGCAGCAAUGCUCUGUACAUCUUUAACCCAGAGUUUGAACUCUGGUACCAGCCGAUUGUGGAGGGGGACAGACCUCUGCCUCGGUUUGGACACUCAGCCACACUGAUGUCAAAUAAGUUGAUAAUAUUUGGUGGACGGAAGACCGCUACCUACCUUAACGAUCUCCAUGUUCUAGAUCUUGGAUUCAUGGAGUACACAGCUGUGAAGUGUGGGAGCAUGCCACCGCUGCCUCGAGGGUUUCAUGCAGCUCUACCAGUUUCAGACAACAGGAUUUUAGUCAGUGGAGGCUGCAGUGCAAUUGGAGCCCUGCAGGAUGUACAUAUCUUCAACACUGACACCAACAUAUGGAGCUCAGUGGCUUCUCCUCUGCUUUGCUCCAAACCUCGUGCAGGACACAGCAUGAUAAAGUUGGGCUGCGCCAUCUUGACAGAUGCAGAGAAGGGUGAAAAUGUCAGGGUCCACUGCACAUUGCUGGUGUUUGGUGGAUCAGACUGCUCCGGUACCUUCUACAACGACACAGUCAAGUGCACAGUGGAGGUCCCUGGUGAUAAGUGAUGGGAAGAAAUCCAUUCAGGACAAUUGUUUUGUGGAGGAUGCUGUGAGCCCUGACAGAAAAUAACCGUAUCGCCAAGAGUGUGUGUGUGUUUGUAUCUUAAGUUAUUUUUCUACUUGGUUGUUUGUCUUUAUGUUGUAUAGUUUUUGCAUGAUGUAAUCCGCAGCUUAAUUUAUUAAUUUUUUUAUUCCUUUUUAUGAGUCUCUUUAAUAACCAUCCAAUACUUCGUUACAAGCCGUAAACUCGGAUGUUCUGCGCUUUGCAUAACAAAUAUCUCCGAUCUGCAUGUUUUAUACGUCGCUUUAUAUCCUCUACUUUGCCUCCACAUAUCUGUACAUAAUUUGAGGGUAAAGUGCUGGUCUGAGUAAAAUGCCAAUAAAUAUUUUUUUAACACAAA